AGCUGCCUCUGCUCUUCCUGCAAAUGCAAUCAGUGCAGUAAACUAAACUAAGCAGAGCAGAGCGGACACUGCACUGGCAUGGCACAGCACUAGAAGCAGAAGCAGCAGAGGCAGAAGCAGAAGAAGCAGAGCUAGUGCCAGCAAAGGCUUCCUUUUUUUUUGUUUUGUUCCAAUUCGCAAUGGAAGCUACGGUGCCAGUGCUCCUGCUAGUGACAGUGCUGUCUUUGAUCUUGGCCACCGGCAUUGGCGCCGCCGGCGACGAGCGGUCGGCGUUGCUGGCGCUGAAGGCCGGCUUCGUCGACACUGUGGGUGCUCUCGCCGACUGGAACGACGGCGGCAAGGCGUCGCCGCAUUGCAAGUGGACCGGCGUCGGGUGCAAUGCCGCCGGCCUCGUCGAUCGGCUCGAGCUCUCCGGGAAGAACCUGAGCGGGAAGCUCGCCGACGACGUGUUCCGGCUGCCGGCGCUCGCCGUGCUCAACAUCUCCAACAACGCCUUCGCCACCACGCUGCCCAAGUCCUUGUCGUCGCUGUCCAGCCUCAAGGUGUUCGACGUGAGCCUCAACUCCUUCGAGGGCGGCUUUCCGGCCGGUCUCGGCGGCUGUGCUGACCUCGUCACCGUCAAUGGCUCCGGCAACAACUUCGUGGGUCCCCUCCCCGAGGACCUCGCCAACGCCACGUCACUGGAGACCAUCGACAUGCGUGGCAGCUUCUUCACCGGUGCAAUCCCUGUGGCUUACCGGAGCCUCACCAAGCUCAAGUUCUUGGGACUCUCCGGCAACAACAUCACCGGCAAGAUCCCGCCGGAGAUCGGCGAGAUGGAGUCCCUCGAGAGCCUCAUUAUUGGGUACAAUGAGCUCGAGGGUGGCAUCCCGCCGGAGCUCGGCAACCUCGCCAACCUCCAGUAUCUUGAUCUCGCCGUCGGCAACCUCGACGGGCCCAUCCCGCCGGAGCUCGGGAAGCUCCCGGCGCUCACCUCCCUUUACCUCUACAAGAACAACCUGGCGGGCAAGAUACCACCGGAGCUCGGCAACCUCUCGACGCUGAUCUUCCUCGACCUCUCCGACAAUGCGCUCACCGGCGCGAUCCCCGACGAGGUAGCGCAGCUGAGCCACCUCCGGCUGCUCAACCUCAUGUGCAACCACCUCGACGGCGUCGUGCCGGCCGUCAUCGGAGACAUGCCGAAGCUGGAGGUGCUCGAGCUGUGGAACAACUCACUGACGGGCCCGCUCCCGGCGUCGCUUGGCCGGAGCUCGCCGCUGCAGUGGGUGGACGUGUCGUCGAACGGCUUCACCGGCGCAGUGCCAGCCGGGAUCUGCGACGGCAAGGCGCUCACCAAGUUGAUCAUGUUCAACAACGGCAUCACCGGCGGCAUCCCGGCGGGGCUCGCGUCGUGCGCGUCGCUGGUGCGCGUGCGCAUGCACGGCAACCGGCUCAACGGCACGAUCCCCGUUGGGUUCGGGAAGCUGCCACUGCUGCAGCGGCUCGAGCUCGCCGGCAACGAUCUGUCCGGCGAGAUCCCCAGCGACCUCGCGUCGUCGACGUCGCUGUCGUUCAUCGACGUGUCGCGCAACCACCUCCAGUACUCCAUCCCCUCGAGCCUCUUCACCAUCCCGACCUUGCAGAGCUUCCUCGCGUCGGACAACAUGAUCUCCGGCGAACUCCCCGACCAGUUCCAGGACUGCCCGGCGCUCGCCGCGCUGGACCUGUCGAACAACCGGCUCGCCGGCACGAUCCCGUCUAGCCUGGCCUCGUGCCAGAGGCUGGUCAAGCUCAACAUGCGGCGCAACAAGCUCGCCGGCGAGAUACCUCGUUCGCUCGCCAACAUGCCGGCGCUUGCCAUCCUUGACCUGUCGAACAACCUGCUCACCGGCGGCAUCCCGGAGAAUUUCGGGAGCUCGCCGGCGCUCGAGACGCUCAACCUGGCGUACAACAACUUGACUGGCCCCGUGCCGGGGAACGGCCUUCUGCGGUCGAUCAACCCCGACGAGCUUGCCGGCAAUCCCGGUCUGUGCGGCGGCGUGCUCCCGCCGUGCUUCGGCAGCCGCUCCACCGCCGCCGGGCCACGCUCUCGCAGCAGCGCCCGCCUCCGGCACAUCGCGGUGGGGUGGCUCGUGGGCAUGCUCGCCGUCGUCGCGGCGUUCGCGGCGCUGUUCGGCGGGCACUACGCGUACCGGCGGUGGUACGUGGACGGCGCGGGGUGCUGCGACGACGAGAACCUCGGCGGCGAGUCUGGGGCGUGGCCGUGGCGGCUGACGGCGUUCCAGCGGCUGGGGUUCACGUGCGCCGAGGUGCUCGCGUGCGUCAAGGAGGCGAACGUGGUGGGCAUGGGCGCGACGGGAGUAGUAUACAAGGCCGAGCUGCCCCGCGCGCGCGCCGUCAUCGCGGUGAAGAAGCUGUGGCGUCCGGCCGCCGCCGCCGACGGCGCAGCCCCCGAGCUGACGGCGGAGGUCCUCAAGGAGGUGGGUCUCCUCGGCCGGCUCCGCCACCGGAACAUCGUGCGGCUGCUCGGCUACAUGCACAACGAGACGGACGCCAUGAUGCUGUACGAGUUCAUGCCCAACGGCUCGCUGUGGGAGGCGCUGCACGGGCCGCCGGAGCGGCGGACGCUGCUCGACUGGGUGUCGCGCUACGACGUGGCCGCCGGCGUGGCGCAGGGGCUCGCGUACCUCCACCACGACUGCCACCCUCCGGUAAUCCACCGCGACAUCAAGUCGAACAACAUCCUCCUCGACGGCAGCAUGGAGGCGCGGAUCGCCGACUUCGGGCUCGCCCGCGCGCUGUCCGGCGCCGGCGAGUCGGUGUCGGUGGUGGCCGGGUCGUACGGGUACAUCGCGCCGGAGUACGGGUACACGAUGAAGGUGGACCAGAAGAGCGACAUCUACAGCUACGGGGUGGUGCUGAUGGAGCUCAUCACCGGGAGGAGGGCGGUGGAGGCGGCGUUCGGGGAGGGGCAGGACAUCGUCGGCUGGGUGCGCGACAGGAUCCGGAGCAACAAGGUGGAGGAGCACCUCGACCCGCUCGUCGGCGCCGGCUGCGCGCACGUCCGGGAGGAGAUGCUGCUCGUGCUCCGCAUCGCCGUGCUCUGCACCGCCAAGCUGCCGCGGGACAGGCCGUCCAUGCGCGACGUCAUCACCAUGCUCGGCGAGGCCAAGCCGCGCCGCAAGAGCGGCAGCUCCACCGGCAGCGGCAGCGCCAAGCCCGCCGCCGCCGCCACCGCCACGGUGGCGGUGGUGGACAAGGACAAGCCGGUGUUCACCACCACGCCGGACUCCGACUACCCCUAGCUGCAUCCAUUUUCUUUUCUUCUUUUCAGUGCUUGUUAAUGAUUUGUUCAUGUAUGUAUUCUAAAAAAAUGUAAGAAUUUUGAGCUUGUAACCAACCAGCCAGCCAUUUUUAUGUAAUGAUUAGACAUAGAUGAUGUAGAUUAAUGUAAGAAAUUUAAAGCAGGUGAAUAAACUCACUCAAUUACG